GGCUACUCCUCCUCACUCCUCCACUCCUCUCACUCCAUUCACAGAGAAAGCUCUAAGCAGAAACCUCUCUCCUCCUUGAAUGGUCUCCAUCCCUUAGAGCCAAACAUUCUUUUACUGCUGUUGUGGACAAAAACUGAAGAUCACAUCUGAUCAUUGUGUUUAAUUUUUUUCUUAUUUCUUUGCAUUGUGAUACUGCUGAGAAAAAUUGACCGCUGUGAUUUUUCUGCGUUGCCAUGAACUUCUUUCGGACUUAAGGAGUUUGUAGAGCAGCUGUGUAUCAAGUAAACAACUGAAGCGCAACAGCUGAAGCCAAGAAGACUCGUCAGAGAGAAGAAGCACUACUUACAGUGAGAGAAAAUCUUUCUAGACUCUCAAGGAUUAAGAGGGUGGUGUGUGUUUUGGGCUUAGGUCAGACAGAUACAAAGGCAGGGAGGCAGAAAGGUAGAAAGACACAGGGAGGCAGAUCAAAUUUAAAAAUAGCCUACCUUUUUCCUCCUUUUCUCCCCUGGACCACAAUGGGUUCAGACGUACGCGACCUGAACUCCCUGCUGCCCCCAGUCCCGGCGGGACCGAGCCCUGGCUGCCCGGCCCUACCUGUCAGCACAGCCCCUCAGUGGGCUCCUGUCCUGGACUUCCACACUGCUGCCUCCCCUUACUCCUCCCUGGCUGCCCCCCACACCUCCCUGGGGCCACACUCCUUCAUCAAGCAGGAACCCAGCUGGGGGGCUACCGGUGACCCCCACCACCACGACACUGACCCCCACUGUGGCCUCAGCGCCUUCACUGUUCAUUUCUCGGGCCAGUUUACAGGCACAGGGGCCUGCAGGUAUGGGGCGGCAUUCGGGGCACCCCCGCCUCCAACACCACCCGGCCAACCACCACCUGUGACUGCCCCACACCACCACCAGCCCCCCAGCAGGAUGUUCAGCAACCCGCCAUACCUGACCAACUGCAUGGACACACAGCAGGCAGCCCGCAACCAGACAGGUUAUAGCACGGUUGCAUUUGAUGGAGCUGGUAAUUAUGGUCACACUCCUACACACCACAGCUCACAGUUCUCCAACCACUCCUUCAAACAUGAAGACGCUUUAACUCAGCAGAAUACUAUGGCUGAGCAGCAGUAUCCUGUACCUCCUCCUGUUUAUGGAUGCCACACACCUUCAGACAGCUGUACUGGCAGUCAGGCUCUGCUGCUGAGGAACCCUUACAACAGCGGAGAAAAUUUAUAUCAAAUGACCUCUCAGUUGGAGUGUGUGACAUGGAACCCUGUCAAUACACUGGCAUCCACCAUAAAGAGCCAUGCAACAGGCUACGACAGUGACCCAAGCACCCCCAUGGUGUACAGCUGCAGUACGCAGUACCGCAUACACACACAUGGAGUUUUCAGGGGCAUACAGGAUGUGAGGCGGGUGCCAAGCAUCGCUCCAACCAUUGUGCGGUCAGAGACCAGCGAGAAGCGUCCAUUCAUGUGUGCCUACCCAGGGUGCAACAAACGCUACUUCAAACUGUCUCAUUUGCAGAUGCACAGCCGCAAACACACAGGGGAGAAACCCUAUCAGUGUGAGUUCACAGACUGUGGCCGGCGGUUUUCCCGCUCAGACCAGCUCAAAAGACACCAGAGGAGGCACACAGGAGUUAAACCCUUCCAAUGCGAGACGUGUCAGAGAAAGUUCUCUCGGUCUGACCACCUUAAGACACACACCCGGACUCAUACAGGUAAAACAAGUGAGAAGCCAUUUAACUGCAGGUGGCCAAACUGUCAGAAGAAGUUUGCCCGGAGUGAUGAAUUGGUGCGACACCACAACAUGCACCAGAGGAACCUCACCAAGCUCCAGCUUGCCAUCUGAACCAGCCCAUAUCCCAGUUUUAAAUGUAAACAUCUGGGUUGCAUCUGCUUAUAUUUUCUGGUGACCCCCUUUACACGUUCAAAACCAGCCUCUGUAAACUCCAGUGGAGUCCUAAUGGGUCCCUAAAAAUGUUAAGAGUAGGUGUAUAACAUUUAAAUUUGAAUAACUUAAUACCACAGUCUACACUUGGAUGCAAAAUGUAAAUCUAAAUACAGUGUGUCUUGGAAACUGUGCUGUGACUUUCAGAAUGUGGAAUUUAAAGGAUAAGGCUGGCAAUAUUCUGUAUUUUUGUUGUUUCCAACAAAUCCAAUGAAAUGACCAAACCCAACAAUAUGUGAAAAACACAGGCCCUCAUUCAAUUGAAUAAGACCAGAAUGUUGACGGAGCAGGGGGUCCAACAAUAAAAAAUCUAGGAUUAUCUGCAUUAAGUUGAACCUGGCUCAGCUUCUGCUGCAGCACAACGUCAUUUCGUAAAAAUGCAGCGUUGCACAGUCAAAUACAUUGAAACUUUCCUGGUAGAUAACUUUAUAUCUCUAGUGUUUACCUUGCAAUUGUGGUAAAAUGAGUUGUAAAAUUAUCAUUAGUAUAUUAUUGUAACUAUCUAUUAGCGCAGAUGUGGCUGUAGUCAGAAUUUAUGCCACCAUAGUGGUGUAUGUGGGUUUUAUUCAAAAUAAAAGCCCAUGUUCAUUGUAAUGAAGGAACAUGUCACCCGGUGCAGCAGUGUGGCUCAUUUACUAUAUGUGUUUUAAUUGUUUUUGGUCAAUGAUGGCACAAAGGAAUAAGGUCUGUCAGGUUCUGGCUCAACAAACAAUACUUGUUAGUAAGAUCAAUUCCUUCUUGGUUUUGGUCUUUUCAUAAGAUUUAUUGACAAUGAAUAAAAUGCAGAACAUCACCAGACCCAUCAAGUAAAUAAAUCUUUCCACUAGUUUUGAAUUUUUAUUUCAUAAAGUCAGUCAGAACCUGAGUUUUUCCUGGUUUUCCUAAUAGAAUUCCCAACUGAGAAAAGCAUUGUCUAAUGUUUUUCCUUUUCCUUUUUACUACUUUUUUCUGCUGGCAUAAAAUGCUGUGUUAGGCAGAUGUAAAUAUAAAAAAUUACACAAACCCCAUUAGAUCCUCAUGUACUUUAUAAGGGCCUCAUGCCCUGCACUUCUGAACAGGUCCAGAGUGAAGGUUGGUAUCUUUCCACGUCAGGUGCUGAAGAAACUGACAAAAAUGCUGCCAUCUUAACUAUAACGUAAUAUCUCGUUCAUCCCUAAUUAUUGUCUGUUUCCUUGCCACCAACCACCACCAUGUGUACAGGGCAGUCAAAAGUCAGCCACAUUCAUGCUCCCUACACUUUAGCGCCUCCUCAGCUGUUGUAAAUAUCAACUAUGUUGAACUACUUUGGGAUGGCUUAUUUAUUAUCUUUUCAAGGACAAAUAUUGCUUUUGCUAGAUUGAUUUAAAGGGAGAGACAUGUCAUUCAGUGUCUCUUGUGCUCAUGUACAGCACAGCCCUCACCUUCUCUUCCUACAGUAUAGUUUUCAAAGUUCAACGAUACAAGAUAGUGCUUGAUUUAAUUUGAAAAGAUCAAAUUAAGUAAACAAUUUGCAUCUGACACCCCAUGCAGUGCUUGCAAUGUAAGCUUUUGGUUUUUUGUCUGGUCAGCAGAAAACGUAUUUUGCAAACACAAAUAUGCCUUUACGGUUGUAUUUAAAAAGCUGAACUUUUUUGUUUUUGAGUAAUGUGAAAAUUGGAUAUUUUUUCUAGCAGUACUCAGCACUCUUGGAGAUAAAUUGUCUGAGUCUCUUGUCUCUAUAUUGUGUACAUAUUGCUGGACUUUGGCAGUGUUUUAGACACUGCAACCUCUAAAAUAUGUCUGCUGGGUCACACUGGCUCUGUGGCCGGGACAUUAUUGUCAAGAUGUAAAUAAUACUUCUUCUCCACGGGAACUGAACUCUUUCCAUGGGGGGAAACAUGUAACUUAACUGAUAUAUUUUAGACUUUCUUUGGAUGGAUCCAGGAACUGUUUAUACUUUCUUUUUUCUUUCUGGGAUGUGUAUUAAUAUUUGAGUCAUAAAACAGCAAAUGUCAGUGAAACAUUUUGUACUCAAAAGUGUGAGAUUAUUAAAAAUGAUGUUUUUUUUCU